UUGGGAGAAGAUAAUAGUAUUAUUAUACAUUGGGUGAAAAGAGAAAAAGAACAAUAAAUCUUGAAAUGUGAUACAAAGGAGGAUUAAACAAUGGGUCAAUCUAGAUUAAAGAGGGAGAGGGAGUAGUUCAGAUAAUUAAAAAGACCAUUUAAUGCAUGAUGAUUUUUUAAAUUUGUUAAAAAGAGUUUUAGAGUUUCCAGGAUAUUUGUUGGGAGAGAGUGAAACCUGGCAGCCUGCUUUUAAAUUCCACUAUAAUUACGGGGAGAAAGCUAGGAAAGCUGCUACUCUUUUGUCAUUUUCUUGAUAGACCAGUGCUCUUUUCGAACUCCCUUCUUCAAUACUAUGUAUAUAGCAAAUCUAUGGAAUAAUGACUCCUCGACUCCAUAGUUUCACUUUCAAUCUCUCUUUUUGAACCAGAAGCAGAUUUUUGGUCAUUCCCGUCUCUUACUGAACUGGGACUUUCCUUCCAAUGGCUGUGGUAUGUUCUGAAGCAGCACCCUCACAACCACUCAGAGCACAGGUUUGGGUCUUGAAAGUUUCUAUUCACUGUGAAGGGUGCAAGAGGAAGGUUAAAAAGGUUCUACAGAGCAUUGAUGGCGUUUAUACGACCAUUAUUGACUCAGACCAACAGAAAGUUACAGUCACUGGAAAUGUUAGUCUUGAGACUCUGACCAAGAGGUUGGGAAAGGCAGGUAAACAUGCGGAAAUAUGGCCAGAAAAGCAAGCGGGAAAAGAGAAACAGAGCAUCAAGAUGUUGGAGACUAACAAAGGGAAAGACCAAGAAAAUGUAAGAAGUCCAGGUACUAAUAAAGCUUCAGCAAAGAAGGUUGAGUUUAAGGUCAGCCCUGUCAAGAAAAACCAUGAAGAACAGAAUAACAAGUCAAAGAAUAUUGGAAGCUCUCCCAAGAAACCUCCGGCCAGGGAGGCCACGCCGGCUUCCGGCUCCAAGGGCAGUACUACUGGACAAGAGGGUUGUUCUCCAGACAAAAGUAGUGAAAAGAGGAAAAUGAAGGGGCAUCCAGGUAAUAACAUUAGUGAUAAAUCAAGUUCAAUCCCCCAAAAUGGACAUGGGCUAUUCAAUGAGGAUCUAGAAGUGGGCCUAAAAAAUGGUAACCCAAUGACACACCAAAUAUACACAGGCCCAAAGGGUUAUAUUUUCCCUCCACCUAUUUUGGGGUUAAAUUACAAUGCGCCUCAUUUAGGUAAAGGUCCUGAAUUUUUUUACCAUGUCCCACCGAUUCCAUAUUCAUAUUCAAAUGAUCCGACAGACAACUAUGAGGAUCAAGCAAAGCCACAGACGUACCUGGAUUAUUUCAGUGAAGAGAAUGCCCAUGGAUGCUUCAUCAUGUGAUGUACUAACAUCAAGACAAUAUCGAAAUCAAGGGCAAGAUAUGGUAAUUUGAAGUCAUGGUUUUAUGUAGUAAAACAGCGGAGGAUGAGUAUAGAUGUACAUGAGUGAGAUCCAAAAUGACAGGAAGGUUAGCAAGUAGAAAAGUUUUGAAGGGCUGGGUGCUUCUAAUUUUUGGUUUAAAAGAACAUUUAGGUUUAUUGUGCUCUCUUUCAAGUGAAACUUUCUGCAAAUUUCUAAUGACACUAACUAGGAGUAAUCUAGAAAAAUUAUUCAAUUUCAAGUUUGUCCCAAAAGUUCAAUGAUUGAACAAUUUUCAGCUUGAGAUAGUUUUUCUAUUUAGAACAAAAGAAUUUAUACUACACCAUGUAAACGGUGUAUACCUAUUCAGCAU